GCCGGGGCGCGGUGCCCUCCGGAGAGUCUGGCCGCACGAGAAGCGCUCAGGGUCUGAUCUGCAGUCGUCUAAGGCCGGCAGGAUCUCUCUGAGCCGCGCCGGAGCCUCCCGUCUGCACCUGCUCCCAGUGCCGGGGCCGGGAUUCCAAGGUGCCAGGCUCUUUCGCGGGCCUACUACUGAUGCCCCCCGUCCCAUCUCGUCUGGGGGCUACCCACGCCUCGAACGGAAGGCAGGAGGAUCCUGUCCCGCUCCCAUGUGGUGCUGCUCCAGCGAGGGCCUGGCACUAGGACCCGGCCCGCUCCCCGCAACGCCGCUUCCCCUAUUUGGAGCCGAGCGAACCCAGGACGGCCACCCGUUGGCCCCGACUCGCAGCCACCUUAAAAUAGCCUCCGCUCCGACCGGGAGGGUCCGAGAUGGCGGCUGCACGCCACCCCCCCACCCGGUUCCACCGGGUCCACGGGGCCAACGUCUGCCUGGAUCCCUCCGGCACCCAGGCCACCCGGGUGGAGAGCUUCGCCCACGGUGUGUGCUUCAGCCACCAGCCCCUGGAGUCCGGGCAGAUCUUCCUGGUGGAAAUCGAGGAGAAGGAGCUGGGGUGGUGCGGCCACCUGCGGGUGGGGCUGACCGCUCACAACCCGCGCAGCCUGGGGGUGGUGCCCGAGUACUCGCUCCCGGAUCUGGUCAACCUGGGGGACAGCUGGGUCUUUGCCAUCACCCGCAGCCACAACCGAGUCACUGAGGAGCAGGCGGCGGCCAGCGAGCGGGGACUCCUCUCCGGCCCCUACCUGCUCAUCGGGCACGUCCGGAUCCCCCGGGACAAGCUGGUGGGCCGAAGCCGGCCUGGCCGGUACAGCCACAUCCUGGACGACCUGUACAGGUCGAACCUGCUCCCGGCCACGGCCCGGAAGAGCCGGAUCGGGGUCCUCUUCACGCUGCAGCCCGACGGGACCGCCGACAUGCACAUUGUCAUCAACGGGGAGGACAUGGGACCCAGCGCCAGGGGCCUCCCUGGCUCCCGCCCCCUCUACGCUGUGAUUGACAUCUUUGCCUCCACCAAGAGCGUCCGGAUCAUCCAGUCCCCUCCCUGCAGACGCUCUGCCGGAUGGCCAUCCAGAAGCACGUCAUCCACCGGCUGGCAAUCGAUGGGCUCAGCCUCCCUCCAGCGCUGAAGAACUUUUGCAAAUACGAGUGAUGCGCCAAGGCUUUUGCACAAGCGCGGCACUCCUGCUUCACCUGCCCAACCGGCGUUUCUGGAUGGGGCUGGUUCAGCAAAUGCGUUGGAAGAAGUCAACUCUGCCGACACCCUGCUGUGUCGCAAGCAGCAGGAAGCAUCAGCAGGAGGUGCUGCCAAAUGAACCUGGGUGACCUUUCGUGGUGCUGGGAUGGAAGGGCCCCAUCAUAGUGGAGAAGGCGAGAGCUACCUAUGUGCAGAUCUGAGCAGGAUCAAGUGGAUUUAUGACAGCCCAAUAAAAACAGCCCAAAGG